AAUCACAAAAUUUGUUGGAAAAAUGUUUAAAAAACUCACGAUAUUUCUAAUCUUAUUAACUACCGGUGCAUUUGCUGUACUCGAAAAUGAAUCAGAAACUCUUGUACUUUUAGAUAAUCUCGCAAUUCGAGAAACUCAUUCGAUUUUCUUUAAAACUUUACAAGAGCGUGGUUUUAAGCUAACUUUCAAAUUAGCCGAUGAUGCUGGCUUAGUUAUUGCCAAAUAUGGUGAAUAUUUGUACAAAAACUUGAUAAUCUUCGCUCCAUCUGUCGAAGAAUUCGGCGGUGAUUUGAGUGUCGAGAAACUAACUCAAUUUGUCGAUGACGGAGGCAAUGUCUUGGUUGCCGGCAGCGAUAGCUCUGGAGAUGCUCUCAGAGAAUUCGCUUCCGAGUGUGGUUUUGAAGUCGAUGAGGAAGGUGCUUCUGUUAUUGAUCAUUUGAACUAUGACAUCUCUGAUUCAGGAGAUCACAACACAAUCCUGGCUGACAGCAAGAAUUUGAUCAAUUCGCCAGUGAUUGUGGGAAGCAAGGAUGUCAAUCCUUUGCUUUAUAAGGGAACUGGUUUGUUGGCUGACAAAGAGAAUCCUUUGGUCCUUCAACUUUUGACUGCCGAAAGCACAGCUUACAGCUAUGUUCCAGAGAAUCCUAUUAAAGAAUAUCCUCAUGCUGUUGGCAAGGGAACUCUCCUUAUUGCCGCUCUCCAAGCUCGCAAUAAUGCUCGUGUUGUCUUCUCAGGAUCUUUGUUCUUCUUUUCCGAUGAAGCUUUUACUUCAAGCGUUCAAAAUGCCCAAUCUACAAAGACUUACAAGAACUCUGGCAACCAACAAGUUGCAACAGCCAUUAGCAAAUGGGUGUUUGGUGAAACUGGUCGUCUGCGAGUUGCCUCUGUUUCACACCACAAAGAAGGUGAAACUAAACCACCACAAGCUUAUACCAUUACCGAUCCUGUUGUCUAUACCAUUGCCAUUGAACAGUUGGAAGAGGGUUCAUGGAAACCAUUCCCAGCUAAUGAUAUUCAAUUGGAAUUUGUUCGCAUCGAUCCAUUUGUUCGUACCACAUUGAAAGUGAAGAAGAGUGGAGUUUAUGAAGCUAAAUUCAAGAUACCAGAUGUUUAUGGAGUCUAUCAAUUUAAGGUUGAUUAUGAUCGUGUUGGUUACACUCAUUUGUACAGUACAACUCAGGUAUCUGUGCGACCUCUUGAACACACUCAAUAUGAACGAUUUAUUCCUAGUGCGUUCCCAUAUUACACUGGAGCAUUUUCCAUGAUGUUGGGUGUAUUUAUCUUUUCAUUUGUAUUCUUGCAUUUCAAGGAAGAUGCAGUAGUAACUAAGAGCAAAGGAGAUGAUAAGAAGAGUCAAUAGAUUCAAUAAAAAAAAUACACGUUUUGUAUUAAAUUAA